AUGGAACUUCAGCGGGUUCCAGGUCCAUCCAUCAACGCUGCUAGAAAGCGGAUGAGGACAUCUAGUGAAAAUCACUCGCCUAGUAGAAAAACCAGCCUUCCUCGCGCCCAAUCUAUCGAAAGAUAUCUCCGGCCCCGAAAAGGAUUCCUAUCAUUACCAAUCGAACUACGAUGCGAGAUUUAUUCCUACCUACUCGUAGUGGACCCAAGUAUGAAUGCCCCCGAUGAUCUAAACAAGCCCCUGGACAAGGUGUUGUGUCUUCAGACUCUCCACCUUAAUAGACAGAUUCGUGAGGAAGCGCUACAUAUCUUGUUACACAAGAACGUGUGGAUCCACUUCCAAAUAGGCCCCAUCACCGUACCGAAGCAUGACAGCUAUCAUAUAUACCAGCUCGGGGACGCCGGACGCUAUGCCCAGCCGAAUAUCCCUAUCAGCGGGUUCUUGGGCGAAAGAGUGAGGCAAAGGCUCGUGGCAGAUGUGAAAGUUACCCAGCGAUCAGAAUUCGUGGAUGAACAGAGAUGGCAAACCGAGGAGGGAGUUGAAGUCCGUAAGGACAUCCUCUUUGCAUACAAUGCGGGCCGCUACAAUCAUCUAUGUCAUCUAAUCCGCCGAUUCGGAGCUCUUGCCAUCAAGAGCCUUGACAUUUCUGUCUGUUUUCUAGAACAUAGGUCCUGGCGGUGGCAGUUGAGCUCAGACAUGCGACUGGGGCUCGCACAGUUAUUGGUUACCACCAAGAACACCCUUUCUUUCACAGUCCGGGGAGCAGAGGAGCUACAGGACAGAUUUAAAAUAGCGGAGGACGGAUGGAGGUCAUACUCACGGAAUACUCCUGCUCCAAAACAGUUCAACGACGAACUAGAAGAAAUUAUAUCCAAGUCGGCGAUCGCGCUUGACCAGGGCGCAUAUAACGACGCCAGAUGUCGCCUCAGCUACGUGGAUGAUAUACAAGCCAUCCACUCCCAAGCAUUUGUACAGGGUGAUCCCGACGAAGAGACCCGCCGCGAAGCUCUUGAAAGGGAUAUGUUCGUCAUUCAGGUGCUUGCUGUUGCACUAAGCGACAAACGUCGGCCACAAAGUGCGGCCCGCCUCCUCAGAAAGCUCGAUCUAAUGUGCGCGAAUGAAUGGUUCCGCGGGGGGGAUAAUGCAGGCCUGCUGGGCUAUGCUUGCGGAUCCCUAAAUAGGCGGCUUCCGAAAGCAGGACGCUCUUAA